CAGUGUAACAGGGAGGCUGCUUGUUCUAAUAGAGGAGUUUCUGUGUUUGCAUUGCAGCGAAACAGUUCAGGUGAAGAAGACCACUCACCACGGGACAUUAAGAGAAGAUAUCAAGAACAAUCUGGAUUUAUUUAUUUUCUAGCUUCAGUUAUGAGUAAUUGUCAGAAUCAAAGCGAUCCUGAUCAUCCCCAUGGAUUUCUUAUUCCAAAGUGACUGCUCAGCCAGAGGAACCACAUCCAGCCCAGAACUCAGCAGUGAUGCUGGCGAUGCAGCACUACAACUCCUCGGGUAUUAUUGCCUCCGUCCCCCUCUACAACCACACCACCAUGGUGCAGGAGCCAGAGAUGGAGGCCGUGAGACAUAAUACCACCAUUCCACGGAGCAACCCCAUGGCUGCCGGCCUCACCAUGACUCUGGGGAUCCUGUUCAACGUGGUGGCCCUCAUCAUUCUCGCCAAGGCUUACAAUCGCUUCCGUCGGCGGUCAAAAGCCACUUUCCUGCUCUUUGCCAGCUCCCUGGUGGCUACAGAUCUGGCUGGACAUGUUAUCAAUGGAGCCCUCGUGCUGAGAAGGUAUUCUGCAGGGACUGGGUCCAUAUCUGAUUCUGCUUCCAGCCUUAGAGGUAAUCCUGCAGAUACAGAUACCUCUUGUCUGUUUUUGGGAGGUUGCAUGGUCUUCUUUGGCCUGUGCCCGCUUUUCCUGGGUUGUGCCAUGGCUGCCGAGCGCUGCCUGGGCGUCACAAGGCCUUUGAUGCAUGCACGUCUGGUGACCACAGCACGGACAAAGAUGGCACUGACCCUAAUCUGGCUACUGGCUUUAUGCGUGGCCCUCCUGCCCUUCUUCAGACUGGGUGCCUACACCUCUCAGUACCCAGGGACGUGGUGCUUUAUCAGGGUGAUGGAGGACACUAAAGCAACAGAUCUGGCCUUUAUGAUGCUGUUCUCUGGACUGGCUUUGAGUUCUCUGGCCAUGGCCUUUGUGUGCAACACCAUCAGUGGGAUCAAACUAAUGAGAGCCCGCCUAAAGAAGAGGUCAUGCUCCCAACGCCGCUCAGCCAGGUCUCAUGACACAGAGAUGGUGGUUCAGCUGGUCGGUAUCAUGGUCACCUCCUGCAUCUGCUGGAGCCCUCUGCUGAUCUUUGGACUGAUGUCGGCCACACGGUCCUACAGUGGCUCCCUAGGCAGUGACAGAGACAUGUACAGGGGACUGAUGGUGACCGGUGUCAGGAUGGCAACCUGUAACCAGAUCCUGGACCCUUGGGUGUACAUCCUGCUGCGACGUGCCAUCCUCAGGAAGAUCUACCACAUCACUAAAAGGCAGGCCAGUCUCAAGGGAAGCAUGUUUCGCUCGAUCCGCUGGGAUGUCAGCUCCUUCCAGAACUCAGAGAAAAACAGCGUUCAUAAGAUUUAAAGGAGGAGGAAAGGGGAAAUGGUGUCUAUCUCUUUUUAAGGGAUGCUCUGACACUUGCCAGCAGGAUCAGCACUGAACCUGGCAGCUUUUCAUCCCGAUCAGAAUUCAGUGUUGAAAGGUCCGAGAUGAAAAGAGACUUCUUUCCUGGCAGGUGGGAAUGGAGCCACCUUUGUUUGUAUGUAUGAAGUGGUUAAAAAUGGGAAAUAUUCCAAACAUGUUCCAACAUGUUUUGAAAUAUCACUGAGUGGCUAAUAAUAACCUCUUAGGUUGUUGUACGUAUCAGCCAGUGUUACACUACAAAGGGAAAAAGCUCCAACUUAUUAUAAACUGCAUAGUAUAUUUCAGAAUGCAACAUUGCCCAUGUACUGGACGUGUUUGCAUGGCAGUCUACCCUCUAUGAGAGGAGAUGUAAAUAUAAAGGUUUCUGUGUGCAGGACUAUGAUGUAUUCAUUUUUUUGCUGAAGUGAAGACUGUAUCUACUCUUAAAGCGAACAUCUCAACUCUGUAAAUGUGCCGUUUGUUUUGUUUUCUGACACAAUGUAAAAGUCAAUGACUUGUGUAAAUGCUCACAUGAGAGAGCAAAAAAAAAAAGCUGUGCUUUUACCUCAGCUUGAAGAUGUGAAAAAACACCAUGUGUGUGUACAAUGUAAUGCUGUGAUACGAAAGUGAACGUGUGUGUCUAUUGUGUGUUUGUGAAUGUAUCUAGAGUGUUUUCCCCGAGUGUCUGGGGACUGAGUGAAGCUAUGUGUCGCCAAAGCUAAUUGAAUGUGAUAUUAUCCAGAAAAGGAAA